AAGCAUCAUCGGCUGAAUACGACCUACAUCCCGAAUCCACCUGUGAAGCCUCGAGGCCCCUACGAGAACCUGUACCGAUCAAUCCGGAUCCCCGCGAUCAACACCUAGCCGUCAAUAUGGAGGAGGAGCGUCUCUGGAAGUUCAGAAAGCCCGAGUGGCUCAACAGCGUCUGGGCCCGUAACGCUGGUGUCUACGCUGCCGGAGCUAUUUUCUCCGUCGCAUUCUACGUCAUGCUCGACUCUGCCGUCUGGUCCAAGUCGCCCAGGAACGGCUCCGACGUCCAUGUCAAGUUUGUCGACUGGCUGCCCUUUGUCUUUUCCAGCUUGGGCAUGCUCAUUAUCAACUCGGUCGAGAAGCAGCGCCUUAGCGCCGACUCCUUCAGCUAUAGUGGAUCUGGUGUCGCCUGGAAGGCUCGCGUUGUCCUCUUCCUAGGUUUCGCGGCCCUUGCUGGUGGAAUGGCUGGUGGUGUCACUGUCUUUGUUCUCAAGUUUGUCGUUCCUAGCGUUGCUAUGCCUGCGCUGGGUAUGGGUAUCGAGAACGUGGUUAGCAACGCUCUAGUUGGCGUCAGCUCUGUUGUUCUUUGGGUGAGCCAGAACAUGGAGGACGAGUACUCGUACAACCUUUCUCUGUAAACACAGCCAGACAAGAUUAGAUGAAAGAACGAGGGCCGUGUGGAUGUCAGGGCGCAUUGAUGGGUUGAGCUACGUUCCUAAAGAUGGCUCUCGGUGUACGAAUAGGAGCAGUUUCUCAAGUAUGAAUGUGGAAGAAUGAGCUGCAACAACGAGUAUCACGGAUAGGUGAUAGUGGUCACGAUCUGGGCACGAAGAUUUUGGACCAAGAGAUUAUAGUUAUUGGGAAUUCAUCGACUACCGUCGAUUUACAGAUUUAGGAGCUCGGUUUAUAAGCGUUGUCAGGAUUAGCAUGAGUUUAAAGUUCGUUAUGCACAACUG